AUGUUGUAUCCAUUGGUCGAGUCGUCCCUUCCGGAAGAGGUCCUGCGGGCGUGGCAACGCAACGGACAGCGAGAUACGACGGAAGCCAAUGGACAGCGAGAAACAACGGACCGGCUAGCAAAACUGCUCAAAUUUCUGCAACUGGAAGUUGAGAACGAGGAGCGCAUCGACAUGGCGUUGUCUGGUUUUGGCUUAUCGACGGAGGCAGAGAAGACAAAGAAAGCAAAGGGCAAAGCGGAAUCGUCAAAGGAUGAGGCCAGCGCUAGUGUUCUUCUCGUUGCGAAGGAACAGAGGAAGUCAGUCUGCGUUUUUUGUAAAGCGAGUCACGAAAGUCAGGUUUGCGAAAGCGCACGUAAGUUAACCUUAGAGGAACGGAAAGAUAUGGUCGAAAAGGAAAAUUGCUGUUUUAAUUGUUUGAUACGCGGCCAUGUAGCACAAAGGUGUAGAAGCAAAGUCAAGUGCAGCUGGUGUACGAGACGCCACGUUUUAUUGAUGUGCCCGGACAUAUUACGUAAAGAUAAAGUUUCCACGAACAAACCGGACGUUAACGAAAAAGCAGUAGAUGACCACAAUUUAACCACGUUUUGCGAAACGCAUGAUAUUUACUUACAAACGCUCCGUGUAAAAUUAGUCUCAGGGUCGCGCGAGAGAAUUGUACGAGCGGUCAUUGAUACAGCGUCGCAACACUCUUACAUCCGCACCGAUGUUGCUAGAGAAGUAGGUUAUGUUUCUCAAGGGGAACUCGAAGUGACGCACUCUUUAUUCGGUGGAGUCAAAUCCAAGAGCGAGAAGCAUGAUAUGUUCCGGAUACGUUUAAAGAAUCUUAAUAGUUAG